AUGGGUUUAUCUUCAUUACGUGCAGCCUUGCUGGUGCUCGUUCUCGCGUCAAGAUCGUCGGCUACAACAGUCUCACUUGCAUCCUUCAUCCCGCGGAUUGACAACCUGCCAAAAUCCUGCAACGCCGUCUACACCAGUUCCAUCUCUGGAUGCGUAGCCGACGACUUCAAAUCGGGCGCAACCUGUUCCGCUGCCUGUGUGCGGGGCCUGUCGGCGAUCGCAGAGAGCGUCAAGGACAAGUGUGUGAACGUCGAUGCAGGCGAGCUGAGCAUCAUCGGGGUCUUCCAGAACGGACUGGGUAUUCAGAGCCUUUGUCCGGGGGUUACAAUUACAACGAUUUCCAGUGAGAGUGCGGGAAAGACAGAUACGAAAACAUCGGAGCAAGCGACGAGCACCCAGGCGGUCUUGACCACUACAAGCUUCACAAAUUCAGCCAUCCAAGCAACAUCAACCUCAUCAAGUUCAAACACGGACGCGGAAGACGGAGACGAGGAACCGACGAGCUCAGCACAAACGACAAGUUCAAGUUCAUCAACGGGCGGCUUGGUCCUGGAUCCGAACGCUACGGGAACAUUCACAGCUUCAGUCAUCCCGCCCACAGACACUGCGCAGGCGACACAGGCACCCAACGCGCAACUAUCGAACGCUGACUCCGGUGGUGGUUCGCCGUUUGACGUCGUUGCUGUGGGUGCUUCAUCACAGCUCAGAACUUUGGAGAUAUCGAUAGCGAGUCUUUGUGGGAUAGCGGUCGCGUUGCUUGCGAGUUCAUAG